AUAGUAUUCUUAUCAACUAUGAUAAGAUGAGGAUAAUUCUUUCCUACUAUUAUUAGAGUAGUCUUAUCUUCUGCGGAGACCUUGAAUCUAAAAUCGGGAAAUGUGAUCUUGGAACGUGGGGUUUGUUUACACUGAAAAGGAUUAUUUCGUUAAGUCAAUGAGGGUAAAGGUCAAUUCAAUCUUAUAAUCCAAGAACAUAACGUUUGCAGGGGGGAGGGCGGAGUUUUUGAUGACGUGGGGACCACGUUUCUGCGGUAUGACUUAAUAGUAACAAACUAUUCUACAAAAUAUUCUGGAAUUGGAACCUUUUAAACUCUAACCUUUGAAUACGAAAACUCGUGGAAGAUCGGUUUUCAAAUUGAAGAGUUUAGUUACUAUAGUCCUGCACUAUGACUAGCUCAGGUAGAGGAAGAGAUAACACGGCUAAAAACCGGCCUUUGGAAAGUCCGUGUACCAACGGCUUGGCGAAGACACGCCCGACGAGAACCCAAAGACAAGUGGAACAGAAUUCUCAUGCCGCCAUGGAUAUGAAAACUAAAGUCUUACUUUUUCUGACAAAAUGCGUGAUUUACAUCUAUGACAUCCUUACAUUUACAGUAUAUUUCUUAUACCAGCAACCAUGGAAAAGAUGGAAAGCUGAUAGAACAAUAUGGGCAAAAAACAUUCGAGAGGAUGACCCAUACAGUCCAUGCGUUCGACUUGUGAGAAAUGUGAUAAACCCCAUCGAAGGCAUUAACACCAUGGACGAACUCUUCAGAAUGUCUGUCGUCCGAUAUGGAACCAAGAAAUGUAUGGGUGUGAGGGAAGUUCUUUCAGAGGCUGAUGAAUACUUCAAAAAUGGAAAAGUUUUCAAAAAAAUCAACCUUGGUGAGUAUAAGUGGUUUUCUUAUGUUGAUAUCGAUGAGAAGAUUGAAACUUUGACGAAAGGGAUGCUCGAACUUGGUCUGCAGCCGAGGAAACCAAUCAUCAUAUUCGCAGAAACCAGAAUUGAAUGGAUGUUGGUGUGUCAAGUCUGUUUCCGGUUAAAUGUUCCAAUUGCUACAUUAUACGCAACUUUGGGUGAAGAAGGUAUCAUCCAUGGAAUUAACGAAACAGAGGUCACCCAUAUAAUUACGAGUCAGGAACUCCUGGGGAAACUUAAGUCAAUAAUAAGCAAAACACCAGCUAUAACUCACAUCGUUUACAUGGAAAAUAUAAAACCGGCCGAUACUAAAGGUUUCCCGGAAAAGGUUUCUGUGAUUCCAUUCUCCCAGGUUGAGAAGACUGGUGCAAACUGUGAUCCAAUUUCUAAACCAGAUCCUCCAGGUCCUCAUGACAUAGCUGUGAUAAUGUAUACAAGUGGUUCAACAGGCAUUCCAAAGGGAGUGAAGCUGACUCACAAAAACAUGGUUGUCACUGCAUCAGGAAUAGUAGAUUGCAUUCCUGUCCUUAAGCCAAAUGAUCUCUACAUUGCAUAUUUGCCUCUAGCUCAUACAUUUGAAAUAACGACAGAAUGUUACUUUUUUGUUGUGGGUGUCCCUGUCGGUUACUCCUCACCAAUUACUCUAACAGAUAAGUCAACGGGUAUUAUGCCUGGCUGCAAAGGAGAUGCAUCAUUGCUCAAACCAACGAUUAUGAUUGCUGUACCGUUGAUGUGCGACAGAAUUAGAAAGGGUGUGAUGGAAGUUAUGAAAAAGAAAAGUCCUUUUGCUCAACAAUUCUUUCAAUUUGCGAUGAAUUAUAAACUUUUUUGGCACAAAAAAGGCUUCAAAACUCCAAUACUCAACAGAUUAGUAUUUAAUAAGAUUAAGGAGAUGGUUGGUGGCAACGUUCGAGUGAUGGCCUGUGGAGGUGCCCCUCUUUCUCCAGACACUCACGACUUCAUCCGAAUGUGCCUCGAUGUCCGAAUGGUUCAGGCUUAUGGCAUGACAGAAACAGCCGCAAGUGCUACAAUAAUGGCAUUGGAAGAUUACAGCACAGGACGCUGUGGUGCGCCACUUAGCAGUUGCUACAUGAAACUUGUGGAUUGGCCCGAAGGUAACUACCAUGCGACAGACAAGCCCCAUCCCCGGGGCGAGAUUGUGAUUGGUGGAGAUUGUGUUUCCCCGGGAUACUUCAAGAACGAUGCCCUGUCCAAAGAAUGCUUCAAAGAAGAAGAUGGAGUGAGAUGGUUUUAUACCGGUGAUAUCGGAGAGAUGUACCCAGAUGGAACAUACAAAAUUAUUGAUCGAAAGAAGGACCUGGUGAAGCUCCAAUACGGUGAGUACAUAUCACUUGGCAAAGUGGAAUCAGAAUUGAAAACUUGCCCACUUGUAGACAACAUCUGCGUUGUGGGCAAUGGUCUUCAUGAUUAUUUAGUUGCCCUGGUCGUUCCAAGCGUCGAGCAGCUGAAGGUUUUGGGAAAAAGUCUGGGUAAAGGAGAACUCUCUUUGCAUGAACUGUGUCAAGAUCCGGCCAUCAUCAAUGCUUACACAAAGGCUAUAGUUGAGCAAGGGCAAAAAAGCAGACUGCAACGAACAGAAAUUCCAACCAAAGUGAAACUGUGCGCCGAAGAAUGGCAACCAGAAACCGGUUUGGUCACUGCUGCUUUCAAAAUUAGGAGGAAAAUCAUUGAACAAUUCUAUCAGAAAUCCAUCAACGAAAUGUAUAAUAUAAAUACCAAUGGAUCUUCAAAAUCGACAUAGCCUAUCAUCUGUCUCAUUACAACGAACUGAGUCUUUGUUUUGAUAUUGUGAAGCGAAUGAGAUUAUACGAUUAUAGAGAUUGUACCAUUGUUUGUUUCAGAGGUACUUAAUGUGAUAUGUUUCAGCAGUUAAGGUUUUUUUUUUAAAUUAAAAAUGCUGUUUUUUUUUUACGAAUUUUAGUGUUACUGAAAUGCAUUUUAUAUUUAUUCAACCUUAUAGAUGUUUUUCGUUCUUUGUAGAGUUUCGUAUUAAUUAUAUUUCGCAUUGUUGUUGUAAUUAAUUGCAUUUUGAAAUAGAGUCUGGAAAUCGCGAGAUAAACUUCCGUUUUACUUGAAUGCAACCUCAUAAAAAGAGCUUAUCUCAUCAAAGAGCUUAUCUAAUUAAUUACUAUCUGGCAAUCUUGAGAUGGGCUCUUUGUGAGGUUGUUUUCAUCUAAAAAGGAAACUCAUCUCGUGAUAGCUGGACAGUAAUUAAGCACUAUAUAGUUGUUUUAAAAUAACAUUCCUUCAUUUGUUUAAAAAUUUCAUGUUGGCAUAUCUGAAUGCAAUCAGCCUUUCAUGUUUGGCGUCCAGAACUUAACUUAAAAAUUUGUUACCUUUACAUUGUUCACAAAAGUUUAUUUUGUGCUUGUACAUGCAAAUGUAUAUGUACUCUUACAUGUAACAUAUUAAAUUUUCAUUGUUUUGUUA